GGGUGGGUCCUGAUUCAUUUUCAAUGCAGGAAAACCCUGCUGCAAUAAUCAGAUGAUGUAUGAAUCAUUUCACUUUGACAUGUUUAUUUAAAUUAAUUAAAAAAAGGAAAAUCUCCCAGGUCUACACCAAACAUAGAUUCAGAUUCUGUAAUUAAUGCUUGAAAACAUUCUGAAGUGAAACAUUAAAAAGUCUGAAACAGAUGGUGAAUCUUUUACUGACAUUAAAUGUUUUAAUGUCUCUUCUUUCAUUUCUAGUUCACACCCAUAGAGUGAAAGUGAUUGAGACCUUCAGUGAAGCUCCUCCUACAACAAUCCACCAAUAAAUGCUGGAGUCAAACACACAGAGAAAUCACUCCAUGUGUGACAACUGAAAUCUUCAUGACAUAAUGUUGAUGCUGGUGAAAGAGGAGCUUGAGAAGAUGACAGAUCCACAACCAUGCAGAAUAAAGGAUGAAGAUACUGAGGAAAAAAUAGAUAAUAUGGAAAUGAAAAAGGCGAGUCAACCUGAAGUUGAUGAGAAACAUCAGAUUGUAAAAAUAAACCAUAAUAUUUCACAGAAAGAAACUCUGAAGACAGAAGACAUAAAGUGUGAAAAUAGUUUCAGAGAAGAUGAACGCCCUGCAGAUCACAAGAGGACUCACAGUGAGAAGAAACCUUUCACAUGUCAACAGUGUGGAAAGAGUUUCACCUUUAAAUCGAACCUUAACCGUCACAGGAAAACUCACAUUGGGGAAAAGCCACACGCGUGCCAGCAUUGUGACAAGAGUUUCCCAGAUAGAAGUCAACUUAAGAGACACAUGAGGUCUCACACUGGAGAGAAACCUUUCACAUGUCAACAGUGUGGAAAGAGUUUCAGAACAAAACCUAACCUUAAAGCACACAUGAGGAUUCACACUGGAUUGAAACCCUUAAAAUGUCAACAGUGUGGAAAGAGUUUCACCCUUAAAUCGAAUUUUACCCGGCACAAGAAAGCUCACAAGGGGGAAAAGCCACACGCAUGCCAGCAUUGUGACAAGAGUUUCCCAGAUAGAAGUCAACUUAAGAGACACAUGAGGUCUCACACUGGAGAGAAACCUUACACUUGUCAUCUGUGUGGAAAGAGUUUCAAAACAAAUUCUACCCUUAAAGUACACACGAGGAUUCACACUGGAGAGAAACGACACGUGUGCCAUCAGUGUGGAAAGAGUUUUAUAACUGCACGUGAACUUAAGCAACACAUGAGGUCUCACACUGGAGAAAAACCUUACACAUGUCAACAGUGUGGAAAGAGUUUCAGAAGAAAAGAGAGCCUUAACUUACAUAUGAGGACUCACACUGGAGAGAAACCAUUCAAGUGCCAUCAGUGUGGAAAGAGUUUCACAAGAAAAGCUCACCUUAACUUGCAUAUGAGGACUCACACUGGAGAGAAACCAUUCAAGUGCCAUCAGUGUGGAAAGAGUUUCACCUUUCAAACAAGCCUUACCCGGCACAUGAUAGCUCACAGGGGGGAAAAGCCACACGCAUGCCAUCACUGUGACAAGAGUUUCCCAUUUACAAGUGAACUUAAGAUACACAUGAUGAUUCACACUGGAGAGAAACCACAUGUGUGUCAUCAGUGUGGAAAGAGUUUUGCAACUGCAAGUUACCUUAACAGACAUAUGAAAAUUCACACCGGAGAGAAACCUUACACUUGUCAUCAAUGUGGAAAGAGUUUCAUCUUUCCAUCGAACCUUAACCGCCACAUGAAAACUCACAUUGAGGAAAAGCCACACACGUGCCAUCACUGUGACAAGAGUUUCCCAGAUACAAGUGAACUUAAGGGUGUUUUCACAUAUACAGGGAUGAUGGAAGUGAAAGAGGAGAGUCAAGCUGAAGUGGAUGAGAAACAUCAGAUUGUAAAAAUAAACCAUAAUGUUUCACAGAGAGAAACUCUGAAGACAGAAGACAUAAAGUGUGAAAAUAGUUUCAGUGAAGAUGAACGCCCUGCAGAUCACAAGAGGACUCACAGUAAGAAGAAACCUUUAACAUGUCAACAAUGUGGCAAGAGUUUUAGAAGAAAAGAUAACCUUAACUUACAUGUGAGGGUUCACACCGGAGAGAAACCUUACACAUGUCAACAGUGUGGAAAGAGUUUCAGAACAAAACCUAACCUUAACGCACACAUGAAGAUUCACACCAGAGAGAAACCAUUCACAUGCCAUCAGUGUGGAAAGAGUUUUACAACUGCACGCAACCUUAAGAAACACAUGAGGACUCACACUGGAGAAAAACCUUACACUUGUCAACAGUGUGGAAAAAGUUUCAGAACAAAUACUAACCUUAACGCACACAUGAGGAUUCACACAAAAGAGAAACCACAUGUGUGCCAUCAGUGUGGAAAGAGUUUUAUAACUGCAUGUGAACUUAAGAUACACAUGAGGUCUCACACUGGAGAGAAACCUUACAUGUGUCUUCAAUGUGGAAAGACUUUCUCUGUUGAAGGUAAUCUUAAGAUACACACAAGAAUUCACACUGGAGAGAAACCUUACACGUGCCAUCAGUGUAAAAAGAGUUUUAUAACUGCAUGUGAACUUAAGAAUCACAUGAGGUCUCACACCGGAGAGAAACCUUACACUUGUCAGCAGUGUGGAAAGAGUUUUUCUGUUGAAAGUAACCUUAAGAUUCAUGCAAGAAUUCACACUGGAGAGAGACCUUACAGAUGCCAUGAGUGUGAAAAGAGUUUCAAAACAAAAUCUAACCUUAACACACACAUGAGAACCCACAAUCGAUAGAAACCAUUCAUGUGUCAACAGUGUGGAUAUUCAAUUUUAUUUAUGGCAUUUUUCUCUCUCUUUCUUAUUCAUAUGAAGUCUGUGAUUUUAAUAUUAUCGUUUUAACUGAUGUUAAUGUUAAGUUUCAUAACUUAAAUCACAUAUUUUUUCUAUAGAAUCUUAACACUGAAUCACUGCCUUUGUACUUUAACUAGAUUUUUUACUUGUGUUUACUUCAUGUUGUACAAAAAUGUUGUACUUUUAUAAUAAACGUGUGUGGUCUGGUUGCGUUGAGAUUUUGCCAUUUUCUUGUGGUCUUGUGUAUUGCUGCAAAUAUUAUGCCAUACAGAACCGUUUGCCACUGAACCUGCAUUAACAACGACAGUGGGGCUUCUGGCUUUAGUGAAACAGUUUGGCGUGUAUAUGGUCGGGUUGUGGUGAGAUUGUGGCGUGAGGUUAGGUCAUGUCAAGGGUUUUUGCACCGAGUUACGAGAAAGGAGCAACUUCAGGAAUUGGAAGGGCUGAGGAGUAGUGUGGUAGAGGGUGCUAUCACUCAGCUGACCAUCCCACAGAGUCUCAUGAGUGCCUCAAGUAUGCAUUAAGGGAUAUCAACAUCAAGUCCUAUACACCAGAUCUAUGACCAGCACCUGUAUACAGAUGGCUCUAAAGAUCCUGCCUCUACAAGAACUGUUUCUGCAGUGAAUAUCCCUACAUUUCAAUACAAUAUCAGCAAAAGAAUAACUGAAAAUGCUACCCAGUCUCAUGUAGAUGUGUAU